UUUCGAUGUUUUCGCGUACAUUUGCUGCCAAUGCUAGACAUUCGCCGCUGUCGAUUUGUUUUGGCAUCAACUUUAGGUCAAUUUUCAUUUUCAUUGUAAUUUAACACGAACUCAAAAUGGUCAAACUAACACCGGAAUUAAUAAAUGCAUCGAUGCAGUAUAUAAAUCCAUGCCGAGAUCGUGAAUUGGAUCUGCGUGGCUACAAAAUACCGCAAAUUGAAAACAUGGGAGCCACACUGGAUCAGUUCGAUACAAUUGAUUUUUCGGAUAAUGAUUUGCGACGUUUGGAUGGGUUCCCAUAUUUGCCACGAAUUAAAUGCUUGCUGUUAAACAAUAAUCGCAUUGUACGAAUAGCAGAUAACCUUCAUGAGUUCCUUCCGAAUCUGGAGAGUAUUAUACUGACAGGGAACAAUUUACAAGAUUUUAGUGAUUUAGAUCCCCUUGUGGCGCUAUCUAAACUAGAAACACUGUCACUGCUCACAAAUCCAAUCACUACUGAUCCUCAUUACCGCGAAUAUAUCGCCUACAAAUUCCCGAAGCUCCGGCUCUUAGAUUUCCGUAAAAUUCGGCAAAAGGAUAGACAAGCUGCUGUUGAGCUAUUUAAAAGUAAAAAAGGGAAGGAAAUCCUCAAGGAAAUUGCAAAGAAAGCUAAAGCAGCUGCUGCAAAUCCCGCCGCUGCAGAGUCGAAUAGUUCAAAAGUCCCAACGGCAUCACAAGAAGAUGUCCAGAGAAUCCGAGAUGCUAUCAAGAAUGCAACAUCUUUGCAAGAGGUUGAGCGGCUCACGCGAAUAUUACAAUCGGGCAACAUUCCAGAAAAUCUCAAUGCCGAAAAUGGAAAUGGAAAUGGCGCGCCACAUGAAGAUGAUGCUAUGGAAAUGUGAGCUGGAAUGGAAUUAGCUAAAAAAAAUAUCAAACUUAUCGAUAAGCAACCGUUUUCUUAAUCUUUUCAUGAGCAACAGACAUUUCUUUGUUCAAGUCAAAUAUUUAAUAAAAUAUUUCAUUUCAACAUA